AUGUCUAAUAUCGGCCUCAAAACACAACUUGCCGCCAAACCGGAGUCGGAACGAACGAUCAAGUUCGAUAGCAACGCCAAAAAUGAGGAAGGUACAACGCUGGGCUAUUUCGUUCCAUACGGAGAUACUUCGGCGCGUUCAAAGUCUAUCGUUGAGUAUGCUUUGAAGCAAAGAAGCAAGGCGAAAGAGGGAGGUGUUGUACGUGAGCCCAUAGAUGAGUAUUCGGAUGAUUCAGAUGAUACGAAUGAUUCCGCGGAUGACGUUGAGACUGAAGACGAGUCUGAGGAUGAUUGUGAGGAUGAUUCCGAAGAUGACUCCGGGUCGACGGAUGAGGAUGCGGUGGAAUUAAAGCCGGUGUGGGGGGUGAGAAACGACUCCGAAAUUUUCUGGGAGUUGAGUGAUCUUGUGCGCCGGAAUGAGAAUUAUUUGACAAGACAAAAAAAAUAG